AUGCGUCUGUCUGCUACCCUGCUCUUGAUUGUAGCUCCCCUGCAUCGUUGUGUCGACGCGGUGGUCCUGAUUCCUGCGACGACGGAGAACCCAUUUUUGCGUUCGGCUCCUUCUGCUGCUGCUGAUGCACGCAACGACGGCCGAUCCCUGCGAGAGCUAAAUUCAGCGAUCGGUUUCGGCGGGGGAAAUGUCGAAGUGGGCAUCCGAGGUCGGAGGACGUUUCAGGGCGACAACAAGCGCUUCAGAGAGCGUCGCAUCAAAGAACGCCGAAGUGGGAGCAGUUCUUAA